UUCGGCUGAGAAGACGCGCUGGUGCUUAGUUGGCUCGGAGGCAGGCGCGCGGUGGGCAGGCCUGGAGGGGGCGGGUCCGCGCGGGCUUAGUGCCUCCCGCCAACCCUGAGGAAAGGAGAAGGGAGGUCACUGCGUGAAGGUGUAUCCGCUACAGCCGCACCGGAUUCCUCCCAGAGCUGAGAGCGUCGGGAACAACCAUGUCCUACUGCCGGCAGGAAGGGAAGGAUCGGAUCAUAUUUGUGACUAAAGAAGACCAUGAAACUCCUAGCAGUGCAGAGCUGGUGGCUGAUGACCCCAAUGAUCCCUAUGAGGAGCACGGUUUGAUACUGCCCAAUGGAGAUAUUAACUGGAAUUGCCCAUGUCUUGGGGGAAUGGCAAGUGGCCCCUGUGGGGAACAGUUCAAGUCUGCCUUUUCCUGCUUCCACUACAGCAGAGAGGAAAUCAAGGGAUCAGACUGUAUAGACCAGUUCCGGGCCAUGCAGGAAUGCAUGCAGAAAUACCCAGACCUCUAUCCCCAAGAUGAGGAGGAAGAGGAGGCAAAGCCAGCAGAGCAGGUGGAAGAAACAGCUGCUACUAAAGCCUCUGCAGCCAAAGAGCAGGGGUCAAGCUCCUGAAGACCACAGUCCCUAGCUGCCACUCGCCAUGGGACUUUCUCUACACAAUGCCUUUUGGUCACCUCUGUGAAAGCUCUUUCCCUCUCUGCACUGUAAUGUACAAAAUAACUUAUUUUAAUGAUCGGGGUCUUGGCUACUUGCCAUGUACACUGAAGAAAAGGGGGUGUGUAUACACCUGUCCUGCAUAAACCUGUCCUUGAGUGUUAAGCUACUGCUGGAUGUACUCCGUGGUUGCCCUGGAUUUUGCUACUUUGAAAUACUGUGCUGAGGUUUCUCAGCAACCAAAAGUUGUUACUCAGGAAAGUUUAUCAUGAGAAAGCUGAGCCCAUUGUAUCCCUUUUGGUAGAUUUUACAUCUCUUUGGGAAAUUAAGUAGAUGCCUAAACUCCAAGAGUGAGUCCAUUCCUAUUAGAAGAGGCUGGUGGUCAGAUACUUGAGCUGGAGUGCACGGGGCUACUGCCUUGUGCCUGGUACCCAUGUUUCUGUAUUUGCAGUUCAGAGUCCCAGGUGUCUACAGAUGCAGGGUGGGAUUGGACCCUGUGACUCCCAGUCCCUCCUGAGUGAAAGGAGAGGCUUGGUUUUCGGUGUUUUGUUUUGCUGUUCUGAAAGCCCUGGUUUGGGGCCCAUGUUCAUUCAGUCCAGUCAGUUGUGAUAUUGAGGUGGGGACCUAGCUGCUUCCAGAGCAGAAGCCAACAGAGGAAACGCCUGAAUGAAGUAAACAAUUUCUGUCUGACUUUGAA